AUGUGUGUGAAUACGGGCGUUAGGGGUAAAGGCCCGACCUGCACCCCUGCUGGCAUGCACUGCCUGUCGUCCCACGCCCAGCAGCUGAAUGUGAAUGGCGGUCAGAAGUGCAGCUGCAGUCCACAGUGCCUCGACGCGACCUUCCGGGAGAUCGCGAGCAACGAGGAGAUAUGGGGUAAAGGCCCGUUCUCGACCCGGGGCACUGUCCGCUUCACCAUCCAGCCACCGCGCACCCGGUACACCAGGGAGAUCGUCUUCUACUUCCAGGAUCUUGUGGUGUCAUUCGGAGGAGCAGCAGGCCUGUUCCUGGGGGCCAGUUUCAUCAGCUUCGUGGAGAUGUUCUACUUUGUGAUGGAGAGGGUCUUCGGGCUGUUCGGAAGGAGACCACGGAAGCAUGAGCAUGUUAAGGGGGACGAGGACUAG